AUGACUGGGUGGAGCUGCUUGGUGACAGGAGCAGGAGGGUUUCUGGGUCAGAGAAUCAUCAACUUGUUGGUGGAAGAGAAGGAGCUACAGGAGAUCCGAGCCCUAGACAAGGUCAUCAGACCAGAAUUACAGGAGGAAUUUGCUAAGCUCAACCACAAGGUCAAGCUGACAGUGCUGAAAGGAGACAUCCUGGAUGAGCAGUGCCUGAAGAGAGCCUGCCAGGGCAUCUCGGUUGUCAUUCACACUGCCUGUGUCAUUGACGUAACAGGGGCCGCUCAGAGAGAGACUAUCAUGAAUGUCAAUCUGAAAGGAACGCAGCUCUUGUUGGAGACCUGUGUCCAAGCUAAUGUGCCGAUCUUCAUCUACACCAGCACCAUAGAGGUGGCUGGGCCCAACUCCUACCAUGAGAUUAUCCAGAAUGCCCAUGAAGAUGAAAAUCACGAAUCUAAAUGGUUCGCUCCAUACCCAUACAGCAAAAAGCUUGCUGAAAAGGAUGUGCUGGCAGCUGAUGGCUGGACACUUAAAAAUGGUGGCACCUUGUACACUUGUGCAUUAAGGCCCAUGUACAUCUAUGGGGAAGGAAACCCAUUCAUUUGUAAACAAAUAAACAAGGCCCUGCAGAACAAUGGCAUCCUGGAGGAUUUCGCUAGGUACUCCGUGGUCAACCCAGUCUAUGUUGGCAACGUGGCCUGGGCUCACAUUCUGGCCUUGAAAGCCUUGCGAGAUCCCACAAAAGCCCCAAGUGUCCGAGGACAGUUCUACUACAUCUCAGAUGACACACCUCAUGGAAGCUAUAGUAACUUAAAUUACAUCCUGGGCAAAGAAUGGGGUCUCCAGAUUGAUUCCAGAAUGGUCCUCCCUGUGUUUCUGCAGUACUGGAUUGCCUUCCUGCUGGAAACAGUGAGCUUCCUGUUGAGCCCAAUUUACAAAUACCAACCCCCCUUCACCCGCCACUUGGUGACAUUGUCAAAUAGUGUAUUCACCUUCUCCUACAAGAAAGCCCAGAAAGAUCUGGGAUAUGAGCCACUCUUCAGCUGGGAGGAAUCUAAGCAGAAAACCACCCAGUGGAUUGGCUCUCUGGUGAAACAACACAAGGAGGCCCUGAAGACAAAGACUCACUGA